AUGUGGUUAACAAUAAUUAUUGCUUUUCUUAUCUUCAUCGAAUGUGUUGCAGUUGUGUAUGUCCCGUCCUAUGUAGAGAACAAAAUGUCCAAAAUAAAAAGAAAUAAAUUUUUAAACAUGGAAAAUUUUGAAAAUAUUGCAAGUGGUGCAAUAUUGGCCUUAGCUUUCAUACAUAUGCUACCAGAAGUUAUUACUUUAUUAAACAAAAAGAAUAUUAAUCUUUAUUAUACCUUCACUCUAAUACUUGUAUCAGUAACGUUUUUAAAUAUAACAGAUAUAUUGUAUGAUCACCAUGUAGAACACAGCUUUGAUAUUAAUGACACACUAGAAUCUGAAAAUCAAAACAAUUCUAUUAUAAGUUUAUGUGAAAAAAAGAACGACACAAACUGUGUGUCCUAUGAUAUAAAUGAAAUAGUGGACUUGGAGAUGACCGCAGUAGAUGAUAAAAAAGAUAAAAGGAAGAAAUUCAAAAAUAUCUUUUUUUUUGAUGUAUUUAGAUCAAACACUUUUAUUAUUGUUUUAAGUCUCUUUAUCCAUUCUUUCAUAGAAGGUUUACUUAUUGGGAGCUUAAAAGACCAGAAGGCCAUUGCCAUUGUGGGCCUUUCCAUGUUAGCGCAUAAAUGGGCAGAAUGCCUGAUCGUGUACAAGAAUGUCGUAAACAAAAUAGAGAACACCCUUUUGGCGAACAUAUAUGCGUGGUCCUUCAUACUGUCCUUACCAUUAGGAGUUUUUAUUGCAAUGUUUUCUUUCCCGUCAAACGAGUUCGUGGAAAUAAUCUUCAGUUCAAUUGCUUGUGGCUUCUUCUUAUACCUAUCCUUCAACAUGACGAAGGAAAUCAAGAUAACUAAAAGUAACAAAUAUCUCAUAUCUUUUAGUUAUUUCCUUGGAGUUAGUGGUAUGUCAGCUUUGAUGAUAAUAUUUAACUCUUUCGAAAAUGCCAAUGUUGUUUAA